UAGAUAUUCGAACACACAUACACCGACGUCAGCACCAGAUCAACAACUGUUUAGAAGCACCGGUAACGUUAAUAUUAAAUAGUGAAAAAGAUGUUCAGGUUGAUUCUGUUGCUUACACUCAUCCCUGUGGCAUCUGGUAACUCGGAAGGUGCCAAUACAGGUGCAUGCGCCAAUUUAACACCUAGACAUGGAUCAUUUUCAGCACAAACAUCUACAAGCCCGUGGGGAAUUUUUGUUGGUGGGCCAUCUUAUACACCGGGACAACCGUUUUCCGUUACUGUCCAGAGUACGGGGAGCCAGCAGUAUAAAGGGUUACUUCUACAAGCUCGUCCGGUUGGAACUAUUGCUCCAGUUGGAACUUGGACAACGAAUGUGGCAGAUACACAGCAGAUGACGUGUUCAAAUGCUAAUGAUGGUAUCACUCAUUCAAACAAUUUUUUAAAGCCAUUAACGUCAACAUUUAUCUGGCUACCGCCCUCAACAAGUGUUGGCUCUGUACAAUUCCAUGCAACAUUUGUUGAGAGCUAUUCAACUUUUUGGGUGGAUGUUGUGUCAAGUGUCGUCACAGCCGGAACCACGGCGUGUUCGAGUAACCCGUGUCAGAAUGAAGGUAUGUGUCUUACAAGUUCCGAUGGGUACACCUGUACUUGUGUGUCUGGAUAUACAGGUGUUAAUUGCGAGACAAGUUCUACCGGCAGCUUUUGCGACUCAAAUCCAAAUCCAUGUCAAAACAAUGGUGUCUGUGUUAACACCGGCAAUUAUUACACGUGUCAGUGCCAAAGUGGCUUCAUGGGUCAAACUUGUGAUCAAGGCAAUACACCAACGCCAUGUGACAGCGCACCAUGUCAGAACGGAGGGGUAUGUAUGAAUGUUGGUACAACUUCAUUCGUAUGUUCUUGUCCAUCCACUUACACGGGUACACAAUGUCAGACGCCUAUUUCUACAUCAGCGUCAUGUUCUCCAAACCCUUGCAGUAACGGAGGCGUCUGUUCCCUGUCAGGAAACUCUUACAAGUGCGACUGCUCUCUGGGAACCAUUGGCAACAAUUGCGAAACACUUGUGUCAUCUGGAUGUAUAAGCAAUAGCUGUGGCACAUUCGGCACCUGUCAAACGUUAUCAACUGGUGGCUACUUCUGUGUCUGCUCUAAUGGGUAUUCUGGUGACACCUGUAACGAACCUCCAACUACCUAUUGCGGUGUUGGAACAUGUCAACAGAAUGCUCCAUGCUCUCUUUCUGGGUCAUACUACCAGUGCGAUUGCCCUACAGGAUACACUGGACAAAACUGUGAACUUACUCAAAGUGCCUGUAGCGACUCACCUUGCUUGAAUGGGGCAGCUUGCAACGUCGUUUCUUCCAAUGCGUACUCGUGUACCUGUACACCUGGUUAUGGUGGUCUUAACUGUGGAGAAGCAUCAAAUACGUACUGUCUAGUCUUCAGUCCAUGUUCAAGCACACUGCAACAAUGUACACUAUCUGGCAAUUGGUAUAGGUGUGUGUAAUCAGGACAAGUUAUAAUGUCAAGGACUGAGAGAGAAACCUGCGCAUUGAUUUUUUUAAAUUAUAUAUACCUUGAACAGGAACCGUUACCGUUUUCCUAUAUACAUAUAUAUUUUAGGUUAUAUUAAAAAGUAAUUUUAGCCGAAUAACAAACCAUUAUUUAGUUCCCUUAUACUAAAGUGAGAUACCUCCUAUUGUAUUACUAUGAUUAAGUAUAAAUAUAUAUUUUAGUAUUUUACGGCUUUAGCGACAUAAUUUUAAAGAAUUUUAGAAAAGCUAUCUCAGAAAAAUCUUUCAAAUUGUAUGUUAAAUAUGAAUUUUCGAUUAACUUACUGUACCUAUAUUUUGUCACGUGUAUGAUACUUAUAUCCAGUAUAGCAAAUUUAGAGCUUUUCAUAGGAUAUGUAGAAACGCAAUGCGUUAAACUUAGACCUAGAUUAGUAUAGGUCUGUUUAUGUUUUUAAAAACAUGUAUUAUUUUUUAUACGUAUAUUAAGUACCGGUAUAUAUAUAAAAAGUGGGCAAUUAAUUCACGUCAUUAUAUAACAAACUAAUUAUCAGAAGUAACCAUUAAACUAUGAUGAGAUAAUAAA